UUAUUUUUGCUUUUUGAUCAGCUCCUCCUACCACAGUAAUUCACCUUCAGUGAAGUUUCUUCCACAGUAGUUCACCAGUAAAUGCUGGAAUAUCCCCAUCAGUCUACAAGUGAAGAACAGAGUUUGCGAAAGAAUAUUGAAAACAUGAAUGAUCCAGAACUCUGCAGAAUAAAGCUGGAAGAUACUGAAGAACAAAGAGCUGAUCCAGAACCCUGCAGAAUAAAGCAGGAAGAUACUGAAGAACUUAGAGCUGAUCCAGAACCCUGCAGAAUAAAGCAGGAAGACACUGAAGAACAAAGAGCUGAUCUAGAACCCUGCAGAAUAAAGCUGGAAGAUACUGAAGAACAAAGAGACCUGAUAGAAGGGAACAAGGAGAUCGAAGAACUGUUUGAAGUGGGAGAGAAACAAAUCAAAACUGAAGAAAAAUAUUUGAGUCCCUCAUUGAAAAGAAGAGACAAAAUAUGUUUUACUUGCCCACAGUGUGGAAAAAGUUUCCUGUACAAACAAAGUCUUGAACUUCACAUGAGAAUUCACACUGGAGAGAAGCCUUUCACAUGUAAUCAGUGUGGGAAGAGUUUUACACAAAAAGGAACCCUUAGCGAACAUAUGAGGAUCCACACUGGAGAGAAGCCGUACGCAUGUGCUCAAUGUGGGAAGAAUUUCACACAAAAAGGAAACCUUAACAAGCAUAUGAAAAUCCACACUGGAGAGAAGCCGCAUGCAUGCGAUCAGUGUGGGAAGUGUUUCAGACAAAAAGUAAUCCUCAACGAACACAUGAGGAUCCACACUGGAGAGAAGCCGUACUCGUGUGAUAAAUGUGGGAAGAGUUUUGCUCAAAAAGGACACCUUAACAAACAUAUUAAAAUCCACACUGGUGAGAAGCCGUACACGUGCGAACAGUGUGGAAAGAGUUUCACACAAAAAGUAAUCCUUAAUGAACAUAUGAGGAUUCACACUGGAGAGAAGCCGUACACAUGUGAACAUUGCGAGAAAAUUUUCACAAUAAAAAGAAAUCUAAAUGAACACAUGAAAAUCCACACUGGGGAGAGGCCUUACGCAUGUGAUCAGUGUGAUAAGAGUUUCACACAAAAAGGAACCCUAAACGAACACAUGAGAAUCCACACUGGAGAGAAGCCGUACACAUGUGGUCAAUGUGGGAAGAGUUUCACACAAAAAGGAAAUCUUAACAAACAUGUGAAAAUCCACACUGGAGAGAAGCCGCACACAUGCGAUCAGUGCGGAAAGAGUUUCAGACAAAAAGUUAUCCUUAACGAACACAUGAGAAUCCACACUGGAGAAAAGCCGUAUUCAUGUGCUCAAUGUGGGAAGAGUUUCACACAAAAAGGAAACCUUAACAAACAUGUGAAAAUCCACACUGGAGAGAAGCCGUUCACAUGUGAUCAGUCAUGGGAGAGUUUUGCACAAAAAGAAACCCUUAUGGCUCACAUGAAAAGCCACAAUGGGAAGAAGCCGCACACAUGUGAUCAGUGUGGGAAGAGUUUUGCUCAUAAAGCAACCCUUAAUGAGCACAUGAAAAUCCACACUGGAGAAAAGCCGCACACAUGUGAUCAGUGUGGGAAGAGUUUCACGCAAAGAGGAACCCUUAAGGAUCACAUAAGAAUCCACACUGGAGUGAAGCCAUACGCAUGUGAUCAGUGUGGAAAGAGUUUUGCACAAAAAGGAAACCUUAAUGAUCACAUGAAAAUCCACACUGGGGAGAAGCCAUACAUAUGUGAUCAGUGUGAGAAGAGUUUUACACGAAAAGAGCACCUUAAUGAACACAUGAAAAUCCACACGGGAGAAAAGCCACACAUAUGUGAUCAGUGUGGGAAAAGUUUCACACAAAAAGGAACCCUUAAGGAUCACAUGAGAAUCCACACUGGGGAGAAGCCGUACACAUGUGAUCAGUGUGGGAAGUGUUUCACACAAAAAGGAAAUCUUAAUAAACAUAGGAAAAUCCACACUGGAGAGAAGCCACACAUAUGUGAUCAGUCUGGGAAGAGUUUCACACAAAAAGGAACCCUUAAGGAUCACAUUAGAAUCCACACUGGGGAGAAGCCGUACACAUGUGAUCAAUGUGGGAAGAGUUUCACACAAAAAGGAAACCUCAACGUACACAUGAAAAUCCACACUGGAGAUAAGCCGUACACAUGUCAUCAGUGUGGGAAGAGUUUCACACAUAAAGGAAAUCUUAACGUACACGUGAAAAGCCACACUGGGGAGAAGCCGUACACAUGUGAUCAGUGUGGGAAGAGUUUUGCGCAUAAGGCAACCCUUACUGAACACAUUAAAAUUCACACUGGGGAGAAGCCGCACAUAUGUGAUCAGUGUGGGAAGAGUUUCACACGAAAAGAAAACCUUAAUGAUCACAUGAGAAUCCACACUGGAGUGAAACCACACACAUGUGAUCAAUGUGGGAAGAGUUUCGCACAAAAAAGACACCUUACUGAUCACAUGAGAAUCCACACUGGAGAGAAGCCGUAUACCUGUGAUCAAUGUGGGAAAAGUUUCCGAAAAUCAAGUGUUUAUAAAGUACAUCUGCUUACUCAUUCUAGAGAAAGACUAUAUGACUGUGACCAAUGCAGUAAAAGAUUUUUUAGGGCAGAUUUCCUGAAGGACCACCUGAAAGUUCAUACAAAGGAGAAGCCUUACGUCUGUUAUUUGUGUGGAAAGAGUUUUAGUCAGAUGGGUGCAUUAAAAAUACACCAGAAAAGACACAGCGGUGUUAAGGAUCAUAUUUGCUCUGAGUGUGGGAAAACUUUUUUUACAGAUGGUGCACUGAAAGUGCACCAGACUGUUCACACUACAGAGACACCUUACAAGUGUUCAUACUGUGACAAGAGAUUCAAACUGUCAGUAUAUCUGAAAAUACAUGAGAGGGUCCACACUGGAGAGAAGCCAUACACAUGUGAUCAGUGUGGGAAGAGCUUCACACUAAAAGGAAACCUUAACGAACAUAUGAAAAUCCACUCUGGGGAGAAGCCAUUCACAUGUUAUCAGUGUGGGAAGAGAUUCACACAUAAAGGAAACCUUAACGUACACAUGAAAAGCCACACUGGGGAGAAGCCAUACACAUGUGAUCAGUGUGGGAAGAGUUUUGCGCAUAAAGUAACCCUUUACAAACACAUGAGGUUCCACACUGGGGAGAAGCCGCACACAUGUGAUCAGUGCGGGAAGAGUUUCACACAAAAAGAGCAUCUUAAUGAACACAUGAAAAUCCACACUGGAGAGAAGCCGCACAAAUGUGAUCAAUGUGGGAAGAGUUUCACACAAAAAGGAAAUCUUAACGAACACAUGAAAAUCCACACUGGAGAGAAGCCGCACAAAUGUGAUCAAUGUGGGAAGAGUUUCACACAUAAAGGAAACCUUAACGUACACAUUAAAAGACACGCCGGAGUGAAGCCAUACACAUGUGAUCAAUGUGGGAAGAGUUUCAGAAAAUCAAGUGUUUUUAAAGUACAUCUGUGUGCUCAUUCUAGAGAAAGACUAUGUAACAGUGACCAGUGCAGUAAAAACAUUUUUACGGCAGAUUUCCUGAAGGACCACCUGAAAAUUCAUACAAAGGAGAAGCCUCAUGUGUGUUCAUUAUGUGGAAAGAGUUUUAGUGAGCCGAGUGCUUUAAAAUUACACCAGAAAAGGCACAGUGGUGUGAAGGAUCAUGUUUGCUCGGACUGUGGCAAGACUUUUUUUACAGAUAGUGAACUGAAAGUGCAUCAGACAGUUCACACUAGAGUACAACCUUAUAAGUGUUCUCUCUGUGAUAAGAGAUUCAAACGGUCAAUAUAUCUGAAAAUACAUGAGAGGAUCCACACUGGAGAGAAGCCGUAUCACUGCCAUUCAUGUGGAAAGAGUUUCACUCAAUUAUCUUCUCUAAUCUUUCAUAAAAAAAAAUGCAUGUCUGGUAAUACAUUAAGUAGUUUGAGUUCUGAUCCUGUACUUCCAGGUGUGAUGCUGCAUAGUGCAGCAUCAGAGAUUAUUUUGAUAAUCGAUUAAUCAAAAAUUAUUAGAAUGAUUAAUCAACUGCUUGAUUAUUUCAAAGAUUAAUCAGUAGGCUUUGAUCACUUAUUCAGCUUUUGCAAUUAUUUAAAUUGUUGAGUUAUACCCAUUCUAACUAAUAAAUAAAACAAGGAAACUUGAAAACUUCUUUGUAAUAAACUUUGAGUAAAUUGAA